AUGAGGAAGCUGUGCCCGAGCGCGGACCGCGACGACACCCUCGACACGGUGCUGGAGGUGCCCAUUCCCGAUGAGAUGCUCAUCAACGUCACCGGCAACGACAAGCGCCGCGGCGCCGCCGGCGCCAACAUGCGUGCCUGGCUCAAGACCCAGGCCUUCGACCACGCCACCGUCGACGGCCCCGCCGCCGCCGCCGCCAACGCCGAGCUCCAGCUCUUCCUCAACGUCGUCGGCUCGCCGCUCAUCCCCUGCCCCGUCCCCCACGACCGCGCCUUCAGCCGCUCCAUCCGCGACUCCUCCAUCCAAGCGUCGACGGCCAAGUACAUCAUGCAGCAGUAUAUCGCGGCGACGGGCGGGCAGGCGGCGCUGCAGGGCGUGCAGAGCAUGUACGCGGUGGGGAAGGUGCGGAUGUGCGCGUCAGAGUUCCACCUGGGCGACCAGAACGUGACCGCCGCCCAGGGCCGCGCCGAGGUGGGCGGCUUCGUGCUCUGGCAGAAGUGCCCCGAGGUCUGGUACUUCGAGCUCAUCAUGGCCGGCCACAAGAUGAGCGCCGGCAGCGACGGCAAGGUCGCCUGGCGCCAGUCCGCCGCCGAGAACUCCCACGUCUCACGCGGUCCUCCCCGUCCACUCCGCCGCUCCCUCCAGGGCCUUGACCCGCGGUCGAUCGCGAACCUCUUCUCGGAUGCGGUGUGCAUCGGGGAGAAGGUCAUCAACGGCGAGGAGUGCUUCAUCCUGAAGCUGGAGGCGAGCGCCGCCACGCUGCGGGCUCGGAGCUCCGCGGCUUUCGACAUUAUCCACCACACGGUGUGGGGCUACUUCAGCCAGCGCACGGGCCUGCUGAUCCAGCUGGAGGACUCGCACCUGCUCCGCAUGAAGUCCGGCAAGGGCGCGCGCCGCAGCGAGAACAUCUUCUGGGAGACCGGCAUGGAGUCCGUCAUCUCCGACUACCGCCACAUCGACGGCGUCAACAUCGCGCACGGCGGCAAGACCACCGUCACGCUCUUCCGCUACGGCGAGGGCUCCGUCAACCACAAGAGGAAGCUGGAGGAGACGUGGACGGUGGAGGAGGCCGACUUCAAUGUGCACGGCCUCACCUCCGACUACUUCCUGCCGCCGUCGGACCUCAAGAAGGAAGGCGAUGACCAGCACGCCGGAUGA